UAAUAUUAUAAUUUACAGUUCAUAAUAUAUAUAUACUUUUAGUUAUAACAUAAUAAUCCUCCUUAUUGACAUUCCAGUCACAUAUAUACAUGUAUAUUAUAUGUUUUUAUUGUGUAUUAUUUUGCGUUUUACUUUUAACACGAUAACAAUUUUUGUUUUUUAAAAAUUUUCUGUCAUAUUAUUUAGAAAAGUGUAAUAUUCCAAAAUCAUGGCGCUCGCUAAUAGUGCACAAGAGAUAUUAGAUGGUGGACUAAUUGAAGCUGACAUCCUAAGGCAAGAUAAUCUAGCUUACGAGUAUUUAUGUCAUUUAGAAGAAACCAAAGUAUGGUUAGAAUCUUGUUUGAAAAUGACUCUUCCAAAUGUUAUGGAAUUAGAAGAUAGAUUACGAAAUGGAGUGUUACUAGCGAAAUUGGGAAAUUUUAUAGCUCCAUCUAUUGUAUCACUAUCUUGUAUCUAUGAUCGCGAUGAGAGACGUUACAAGUCUGCUGGUCUUCAAUAUCGCCAUACAGACAAUAUAAAUUAUUGGUUGAAAUCGUUGAAUGCUGUAAAUCUACCCAAGAUUUUUCAUCCGGAAACCACUGAUGUUUAUGAUAAGAAAAACAUGCCAAAAGUAAUUUAUUGUCUUCAUGCUUUAAGUACUCAUUUGUUUAAACGUGGUGAAGCUCCUUUAAUUCUAGAUCUAUACGGAAAAGUUAAUUUCUCUGCCGAGACAAUCACUGCAACGAGAAAAGAAUUGGCUGAAAGUGGUGUUGAACUACCUAAGUUCCAAAAAAUCGCAGGACUUUUAUCAGAAGGAACAAAAGGAGACUCGAAUACAUUAUAUGAUGCUAUCGUCGAAAUAAAUAAUGCAAUCAUUUCAAAGGACAUGAAUCAUUUUACAAAAUGUCUUACUAACAGAGUUGCACAAUUACAAUUUAUUAAUUUGGAUUAUAUAGAAAAAUAUCUAGAAAUCUUACGUGAUGCUAAACAGGCUAAAGAAGAAUCUACUAUGAAUAAGUCUUUAAGCGAAAGUUUUGAACCGGACGUUUUUGAUGAAAUUUUAACGCAAAAUGAAAUACAAGGAUAUAUUUCUACUGUUAAUAUCGAUCAAAAGUGGAAUGAACUGUGUAAAGCGGAAACCGAUGAGGGAAUUGUUAAUAUCUUAAAAUCAAAAUGUAUUUCAUUGAUGGACGUGAAUGAAAAAAAAUCAAGAUAUUACGCAUCUGAAUUUAAAAAUUUAUCAAUGGCAAUUCAAUCAAAAAAUUUUAAUUCUGUUGACAAAAAAGCAUUUUUACAACGAGUCAUUAACGGUGGCAAUCAACUAGCAUUAACAGACAAAAAAAGAGAAAGUUUGAUUAAAAAAUUAAAUGACACAUUGUUAACUGAUGACAUGGAUGGUUUUUCGUGUAUUCUUAAAGAACCUAUGUUAAAUUUAAACCAUCUGGUUAACGAAUUUGCUAUUCCUUUGUAUUUCGAAGAACUGAAAGACGAUAGAAAUGAUGUCAACCAAGACUUGACAUAUUUUGACGUUGUUCAAAGCUUACAAGUUUUGAAUCCCAUAGCUGAGGUCACUAAAGCAGUUCUAUCGGAAAAUAUUGAUACGACCUGGGAUCGUCUUUCAAAGCUGAAGAAGUUUUUUUCGGACCAAGAACUCGAUGCUGGAUUAAAGUUACAAUAUUGGAGUGCUCUCGAUGCUUGUAGACAAUUUAAAAUUAGAAGUAAAGCAAGUUUCGGAAUACUGACGUUUAUGAAUAUUAAAGAUUGUGUGGAUAUUGUUCACAAUCAGUUGGAACAAAACAAAGAAGUUAUAAAUGUUUUACAAAAAUUAAAUGAUGCACUAAAAUCUCGAAAAUUGAACAUUGUCAAGCAGUGCAUUACCAAUCCAGUAUUGCAACUGGAAUAUCCCGUUAAAGCCAAAGAUUUGCAGUAUGCAUAUGAAUUGUUAUUGAACCGACAGAAUGACUCUGAAGAUGGUGUAGAAAUAUGGAAAGACGACGUUGAAGACGUUUUUAAAAGAGUUAUUGAUGAAGUGGACAGUAUUCAAAGAAGCGCUGAAUGGCUUUUAUCUGUAAAUGUGUCAUUAAUAAAAAAUGAAAGACGGAAAGUUAUAAAAGAACUACUUAAACUUGUCCCAAUGAACGAGUCAGAACAACAAGAAAGUUUUGUCACCUUAUUACAUGUAGCAGAAUCAAAGUUAAAGAAUAGAGGCCCAUGGAUUACACACGAAUCUCCAUAUGGUCGCUGCGUUUAUUUGAAUCUAGACACGUUAGAUUAUUCUUGGGAGAAACCUACUUUUUUUUCUACUCCAAAAUAUAUCAACAUGGAGGAAAUUCAGACUAUAAUAAUGAACAUGAAAAAAAGCUACCAACACCGUAAAGAAAACGAAGAGCUCGAAAAAAUUAUUAUCCAGCUACAAGCACAUAUUCGUGGUUAUUUAGUUCGUCGUGAAAUAAAGAACCAAAAACAAUGUUGUAGCCAACAAGAAUUAUUUGCUAUUAAAAUACAAAAAUGGUGGAGGUGCAUAAUAUUUCAAAGACAAUGGCAGUGUUUUGUUAAAGAAAUGAGGAAAAAAUUAAAACCAUCACAGCGAGUGUACACUAAUAAAGAAGUCAGAACAAUAAUAAAAUUACAAGCUUUGUGGCGUGGUAAAAUGGUGCGUAAGCACUUUUAUCAUUUGUUUCACUCGACAAAUCCACCUUACAAGAUAGUGAAACAUUUCUCUCGUUUGUUGAAUUUUAAUUUAGAAGACUAUCGAAGAGAAAUAGAACUUCAGAACCAUCGCAGUCAAAUUACUCAACUAAUUCGUCAAAGUAAUGAAAUGUCUCACAAAGCUGACGAACUAGACAUCAAAAUUGGUCUCCUCAUUCAAAAUAGAAUUUCCUUACAGGAUGUGAUUGGUCAUAAAACAAAAAACAAUGAGGACAUUAACAAAAUACAACAACCGAAUAACACUCAAAAUUCAAUCAGUUUAAUGUCGCUUAAUAAAAAUAGCAAACAUCUUUUAGAAUGUUACCAACAUUUGUUCUACAUGCUUCAAACAAAACCGCAUUAUUUAAGCAAACUUGUAUUUUGUUUACCAUAUUCAGUUCGUCACAUUUCCAAGUUUUUGGAACAAACUUUAAUGUCUGUUUUCAAUGCCGGUAGCAAUAGUCGUGACGCUUAUUUUAUGUUAAAGUUAUUAACUUUGGCUUUAAAAGAAGAGAUAAAAAUAAAUUGUACAAAAGUAGCAGAAAUCAAAACUUCAAACCUUAACGUUCUAAAAGCCAUUGUAGACCAAGCCAGAUGUUUUGAUAAUCAAAAACGUUUAAAGACUAUUUUCAAGUCAGUCGUAGAAAAGUUGAUCCACUACAGAAACACAUUGUUUAUCGAUACCAAUCCGGUGACUAUUUAUAGAUCAUGGCGAAACGAGCAGGAAACUAACACUGGAGAAAUUUCAGAUUUACCAAGUUCAGUCGAUCAACAAACGGCUUUGACAUACGAAGAGGUCCAGAAACGAUUGGCACAUAAUUUAGAACAGCUUCAAAACGUAACUGGAGAGUUCUUAAACAAAAUCUUAGAUUCUAAACCCUUAAUACCUUAUACUAUAUUGUAUACGGCACGUGUAUUGCGUGAAACAAUACAAGAACUGUUUCCGGAUACUAGAGACAAUGAGAUUUACAAGAUUAUUGGUUAUUUUGUUUAUAAUUUGUACAUGAAUCCGGCAAUCAUCACUCCUGAAAUAUAUGGUAUAUUCGAACCUAAAAUUGAAGAAGGAAUAACUUAUCGUCAACGUCAUAAUUUGGCCAGUGUUGCGAAAAUUCUACAAUACGCGUCAAAUAAAAAAGGAUACAAAGAAGAAAUCCACUUGAAGUGUAUGAAUCCGUUCAUUUUGGACUGUUAUAAUAAGUUAAAAUUGUUUUUCAACAAUUGCUGCAAUGUAGACGAUCCCGAAGUAUAUUACAACAUAAACGAGUUUACAGAUGUUACUCUAUUAACCAAACCAACAAUAAAUAUAACUCUACAGGAAAUACAAGAAACACAUUCUCUCCUGUUGGAUAAUAUCGAUCAAGUUGCACCUGAUCCUUUUGACCCCAUUCACCAAUUGUUAGACGAAUUAGGUCCUUCGGCACCAACGAUUUCACAACUUUAUGGAUCUGACGAUGAAGACGUUAUGGUUCAAAGGCGUAUUGCUACUGUUCAAGUUUGUCUUACGUUGUCUGACAAGUUUGAGCCCAAUACAAAAACAGCGUCUAUUACUAAACUGUUUAUCAAAACAAAGGAGUUGUUAAUUAGAGUACUGCCAUAUCUCAGCGGCCAUACGUUGCCCGGAGCUCUAAGAAUUGAUUCUACUCCCGACGAAGAACUCCGAUUUGCAGAUAGAGAGGCAAAGAUAAUGGAUUCUGGUAAAUGUACUGACUAUGAAACUGGAACGUUGAGAGAUAUUAAAGUGAAAUUGAGAAAAAACUUAAAAAUAUUAGAAGACGAAGGCAUUGUGUCAAAAGACGAUGGUUAUCAAGGAAUCAUUACAUCAGUAGCAAAAGAUAUUUGCAAUCGAAACAAAUAUCGUCAAAUACAAAUUAAAGAAUUACAAAUGGUAAAAUCUACAAAACAAAGAUUGGACGAUAAGAUUAAAUAUUUAGACGAGAAAAUAAAAUCUUAUGAACAAUAUAUACAGACGUGUUUAGACAAACAAAACACUGGACAAAAGAAAUCAAAAGGUUCGUCUCGGCCAUCAAAAGGUAAACAACUGAAAACUAAAAAAAGUAUACGUUAUUCUGCCGCAAAAUUACGAGACAAGGGUGUAUUAAUUGAAGUGGAAGGACUUCCUGACGGACAAUUCAAAAAUGCUCAAUUUGAAAUAAGUCCGACUGAUGAUCACGGUAUAUUUUUAGUCAAAGGAAAAUUUAUGGGUGUAGAAAUGGAAACUGUUAACAUUGACAUACAGGACUUACUGCGUCGCCAAUUUGAAGGAGCAACAAUAAUGGAUAUAUUUGGUACGGCCAAGGUCAACGUUAAUUUAUUACUAUUUUUAUUGAACAAAAAGUUUUACUGCAAAACAUAAAUUUUAUUAACAAAAAAACAAUAUUAAUUAUUUUCACUCGAAUGCUUAUACUUAGCAAAACAUUAAUCCCUGUGAUAAUAUUAAUCAUUCAAUUAUUUAUCGAGAUAUUUAUUGAACUUGUAAAUCAUACAUUCUGUGAUGUCCAAAUAUGAAUUUGACCUAACAUAUUAAGUUUAAUUUCACUGUACUUAUUUUUAUUUUUU